CGAAGAUCGGUACGAACAUCCACAUCAGCAGCUUCACACCACGGCCAUCGGCAGUUGCAGCGUUCUCUACAGGUAUCAUAAGAGCGACGAGGUGCAAGUGGCUGCUGGGCUUCGCGAUGACAAGGGGUAUGCUGCGUCGACCUUGAUGAUGCUAUUGUUGGCUGUGACGUGCUUUCUGGCUGUAACAUGCACGUCGAAGGAGUCUGAGGUAUAGACGUACAUGCAACGGGUGUCUCUGUCUCGCUAGGAUUAAUCGAGGUUUGCGGCGGUAACGGUAAAUUCCAUGAUUCCAACAAAACACUUAGAAGAAUGCUAGCUAAUGACCUGUUUUCAGUGCUUUCAUAAAAUCGUUGUCUUAUCUGGUUCCUAUGACACCUCCUAGUACGCCGAUCAUUUGUUUGCACCAGAUACAUUACGUGGCCAAUCUUUCUAACUAUAACCGCAGGUAUCCAUUUCCAAUUGUUUCGGCUAUACUCUUUGAUAAAUACUAGAUCGCUUUGUUUGUUUUGUACUUUUAAAAUGGUAUGGAUUUAUUAUCUACAAUGUAAUAUAAUAUAUAAAUUAGUACACUUAUACAACAAUAACAAACGGGAUUGAAAUACGUCCGUCGUACGGGCCGAAACUUGUCACUCUCUCGCUGAUAGCGCGUAUCAUCGGGAGUGAUCGGCUUAUCCGUCAACCGAUCGGCAAUCGCGACACAGGGUGAUCCCAACAGUUUGAAUAAUCUCGUGCAGUUGUAUGUGACUUGGUUCUCUAGUCUUGGUGGCGGCCGCAGUAACUCAAAACAGGUUCUAAUAUGUCUUCCAAACAUGAGCUCUGCGGGUGAUUUGUUCUGCUCUACCUGAGGAUUUGUAGUUGUUUUAUACGUUUGCAGGAAUAUGUCGAUUGCCUCUUGUAACGCCAUGCCACCAAUUCUUAUCUUCCGCAAUGCCCUUUUAAAUGAAUCCACAAAACGCUCGGCCUGGCCGUUUGACUGAGGGUGGAACGGCGCUGUUCUCAUAUGAUGCACACCAUUUUUCAAACAAAAAUCACUGAAUGCUUCGCUGGUAAAUUGCGUACCAUUAUCUGUUACUAAAGUCACCGGCAUGCCAAACCGGGCGAAUAAUCCUCUCAACAUAGUUAUCGUAGCUGUUGAUGUACUACUUGGUGUCUUGAAUAUUUCCGGCCACUUAGAGUGUGCAUCAACUACAAUCAGAAAAUAUUCCCCAUCAAUGGGUCCUGCAUAAUCUACGUGUAUGCGCUCCCAUGGAGUGUUAGUUUUACCCCAAGCCUGUGGAGAUUCAUGUGGUGGUGAUUUUGCGGCAGUUGCACACGAUGAACAUGUUCUGACAUACUCCAUUAUAUCUCUAUCCAAGAAUGGCCAAUAUAUAUAACUUCGUGCAACUGACUUCAUUCUUUGCAUACCUGGAUGACCCUGGUGCAAUUGCUUCAAACAACGCUCUCGCAAUCUUUGUGGUAUCACCACUCUCUCCCCGAAAAGAAUACAACCAUCAAUAAGCGUUAAAGCACCCUUUCUGCUAUUAAGACAUGCUAGCUCAUUACCGUAAGACACGCUUGUUGGCCAACCAUCUUGUAUAUAAUGUCGCACUUUACGUAGCAUCGCGUCUGCCGAUGUAUGCCUUUCUAUUUCUCUGAAGCAUAUAGGAAAAUUACUCAUAGCCUCUAUCGCCAUAGCCUUUACAUCUCUUUCCAUCUCUAUACUGGCGAUAACAUAAUCAUCCUCUGGUUGCGAAGGGUUUUUUAUCAAUCUGGAUAAUAUAUCCGCGUUGCCAAACUGCUCAGUUCUUACGUAUUCGAUCUCAAAAUCGUAUAAUUGCAGAGUUAAUGCAAAUCUUUGCAAUCUAUUUGCUGUAUAAAUCGGUAUGCCUUUCUUAAAGCCAAAAAUUUGCAAUAGCGGUCGAUGAUCCGUCUGCAGUAAAAAAUGCCGUCCAUAUAACAUUCUGUGGAAUUUUGUUACUGCAUAAACUAUUGCCAACCCUUCACGGUCAAUUUGACUAUAUCGUUUCUCUGCCUCUGUUAACGCUCUCGAAGCGUGCUGAAUCAGUUUCAUACUACCAUCCACAUACCUAUGGCUCAAUGUAGCUCCUAACCCAACUGAGGAUGCAUCAGCUGAUACCACUAUCUUUUCAUUAGGGUUAUAGUGCGCGAGGAGCAAAUUUGAUGAAAGUAUCUUCUUAAACUGAUCAAACGCUUCUUUACAUUUAUGAUCCCACUGGAAACGCUCUCCGUGCUUUAAUAAUUCAUCCAAGCGAAAUCGGAGCUGUCGCAUAUUCGGCACGAAUUUUCCAUAAUAAUUUAUGGCUCCCAGAAACGAUCUAAUCUCAGUGAGGUUUGUAGGCUCCGUUAAAUUUCUUAUCGCUGCAAUCUUAUUUGGAUCUGGUCUUAAACCUUGACUAUCGAUUACGUGCCCCAGGUACACUGGUGGACAUUAAAAUAGGAAAAACAAAUUUUGUGUGUGUUUUUUUUUUGCGUUCAUUAGGUGUGUCAUCGCCAACAGUUCGAGGCGUACUGAAUUUGUAAUAGCCGAUUUUUGCCUUUUAUACUCUCAUUUUUGGUGCGCUACUUAUCUGAGUUUUGAGUGCCGGCAGCGUUUUGCGGCAGUAUAAAAGGAGAGCCAAACCGUGUUGCGCUUCAUUCUUCCAUCAGUGGUCAAGGUGAAAGGUUGCUAUUUAAAAAUUCCACAAAAUCAUCAUGGGUCGCGGAAAGCACUGCACACCAGAGGAGCGAAAACACAUUCAGGGGCUAUAUCGUGAGAACGUGCCGAUCAAGACAAUCUGCAAGGCGUUCGGCCGUUCGCGAACGUUUGUGGACAACGCCAUUCGUAGCGAGGCUACGGGUAAAUCGACAGGUCGUCCGCGAAAAACAACGGCCGACGUUGACGCGCAGAUUGUUGAGAUGAUCAGGGCGGAUCCUUUCAAAACUUGCGCUCGUAUCAAGCAGGAGCUUGGUUUGCAAGUUUCGGCGAAAACGGUGUCUCGCCGUUUACACGCCGCUGGGUUCUGUGCCCGGAGACCGCGAAAGGUUCGUAAGCUGCAGCCGCACCACGUAGAAGCGCGCAUUCGGUUUGCCGAAGAGCAUUUAGCUGCAUCCAUCUUUUGGUGGAGCAAAAUAUUUUUUUCGGAUGAGUCCAGAAUCAAUCUGGAUGGUUCGGACGGCAUUAAAUACGUCUGGCGCCUUCCUAAUCAGGCGUAUCAUCCGAAAAAUACGAUAAAAACCCUAAGUCACGGAGGCGGCCACGUAAAUGUUGACGUCUGACGUCUAACUGCUCGGUCGCUUAUCGCUGUGCUCCGCGUUUUUCCAAAAAUAUUUAAGUGUAUUUUCUAACGUACCCAGUUAAUACUCGUUCAACUGACUACCAAACUGCUUCCUGUUACUGUUGCGCGUUAGUGUGUUAUUUCAUUGACCCACGACUGUGUAUUAACGUUUUUAAUCCGGGUUAACGGUGGUGUGAUCAAAACCGCACAUAAUUUCGCGAUGGCGGCUAUCUGUUUCGCGUGUGCUGUGUCACUGGAUGCUGCCGACUGUAUCGUCGGCUGUGCGUACUGUGAGGCUACUUUUCACCGCGGUUGUUGCAGGCUGCCUUCCGAGCUGAUUGAUGCGGUCCUGACUCACAUCGAUCUGCACUGGAGUUGCACUGGGUGCACCAAUAUCCUGAAAAAUCCGCGCUGCCGAUCAGUCAAAGAGAUCGGGGCUCAGGUCGGUUUUCAAGCUGCUCUCACCUCAACUGUUGCGGCUGUGGGGAAGCUUAUUGAACCGAUUAUCGCCGAGGUGCGCAGUGGAUUUACUCUACUGCAAAAUGCACCCAUACCUCAGCUUUGCAAUACCGAUCCUCGGCCCGUUGCGGGUAGAAAGCGGCGGCGUAUCAUCGAGGAUUCUAUGUCCCCUGAUGUCAACAAAAACGUAAACAUUCGUCAAAAUAACAUGUUUGCAGCGUCAUCGCCAAGCGCGUACACUAACACUACAGUCGGCAUCCCACCCUCGUCUACGCUACCGGAAGAACUCAUGGGAACCGAUUCGCUAUCGUCACCGCUUCGAGCAGCGUUUCCCCAGCCGGCCACAGACAGAAUAUGGAUCCGACUAUCUCGCUUGUCCACUGCCGUCACCGUGGAGCAAGUGGUCGCUUCUGUGAAACGCCGUUUAGCCACCGAUGACGUCCUAGCAUACUGCUUGCUGAGGAAGGGAGUCAGUGUUGACAGCGUAAACUGGCUUUCUUUCAAAGUGAGAGUACCGGCCGCCCUUCGUGACGCAGCACUCGCCCCAUCGUCCUGGCCUGUCGGUAUUGGUGUACGUGAAUUUGUACAAUCCCGUCAACGAGAGCAUGGACACUCAUCGUCACCAAUCACCAUCAAACACCGUUCUCUCACACGCACACCUGUUGUCAUCGAUCGCCGAUCGAUGCCUCGCACACCAACAUCCACUGUCUAUCACGCACCGGCACACGCAUCAACUUCACAGGCUCAAACACUAACAUCACCACAAUUGGGAGAACACACGCUGAACGACACUACUCAUGGUCCUAAUUCAACACUCAUUGACGGCCCGCUUUUAAUUCGCCGCACUUCCAACACCAACUUACAACGGACCACACUUGACCGUUUCUUUCACGAAUAGACGAACCUCUGUUAAGUCUGCACAAACACCUACCUGUUAUGUUCCUGCUGCUAAUGCGCUUCGCACUGCCCGUUCUACUGCCUCUGUUUACUAUCAAAACGUGCGGGGACUGCGCACGAAGGUCGAUGAGUUUCGCCUGUCGGUGUUGGAAUCCAAUUUCGAUGUAAUAGUGCUUACGGAAACCUGGCUCGAUCCUAGUCUACCUUCGGCUUUGCUGUUUGACGAUAGCUUCCGAGUCUACCGAUGCGAUCGUAGUGUUGACAACAGUACAUGUUCCCGCGGUGGAGGUGUGUUGAUUGCGUGCUCUCAGUCUCUGACGUCACGGGAGCACACAACGGUGCAUCCAUCGCUUGAGCUAGUGUGCGUUAUAAUACAACUAGGCAAUUCCCGACUAUUCAUCAUUGCUGCAUACCUCCCGCCUAGACUUGCCGCAAAUGCUGCCACGCUCCGUGAAAUCGAAAAUUGCAUUCGCUCAUUAUGCUCAACUAUGCAUCCCGGAGACGGUUUACUCCUGUUAGGAGACUUCAACCAACCUCUCGUCUCCUGGUCAGCCGCUCAGCAUGAUCCGGA